GCGGUACUCAAAACGCUUUGAACUGUUGUGGUGAGCGGACGUGUUUUUUUGUUUGUUUGGUUUUUCCGUUGCCGAACGCCGGAGUACUGUUUUUUUCAAUUGUUGUUAAGUGCGCGCCGCCGUUGCCGUUGUCGUCGUCGUCGUCGUAGUACCGCCGCUAUUGUUCACGUUUGUUUAGGUAAUUGUCGUAGUCGUAAAAUAAAGUCAAAUACAAUCACACCAAAAAGUACGGAUCGUAUCUGUAUUAUUGCCCUGUGUUGUGUGACUGACUUUGCAUCUGUGUUAUUUAUUUGGCUUUUUUUUCAACUUUUUGUUGUUGUUGUUCUUGCCCCAAGUACGGCAAAAUUUCGACUGUUUUUUUCCGUUUUGUAACACAAUGUAUGAGGAGGAGACCGACCGACGAACACGGCGAAAUUAAUAAUACUCAAAACAGAGAAAAAGUGGUGGAUUCGGAGAUUUCCUUUCGUGAACCCCAGACAACAUUAUCGAUGGUGGGCGCUCAGACGACAUCAACUCCCAACUCUCUUCCACUCCAAGCCCUCUCGUUUUCCCCCUCACUACUAUCCCCCAGCCAGUUUUCCAAAAGAUGUCUGACACCAUUACAGCCGAAGAAGGAAUCCGUCCUCUAAACGAUACAAAAAGUUUAGAAACUGACCAAGAUCCCCAGAAAAUAAUUAAGGAUAUAGAACAAGAAAUCCUUGACACCUACAUUACUGCACCUCUUAAGAUCGUCGAGACUUUAGAGAACGAAAAGAAGGAAGAAACUGAGGAGGGGGAGAACAAAGAGAAAGAUAGCCCGAUAAAGAACUCGACAAAGGAGGAGAAUCCGAUCGAAGUUCCCAGUGCCAAGACAAAGAAAUCGGUUAGCUUUAAUCCCAACGACGAGGAAAUUCGAAAGUUUACCACUGGCGAACCGAUCGUCGACCAGAAGAAUCCAUUCCGCAAUGGUAACGUUGCCUCAAAUCGGGACAAGAAGACCCCACCACCGGUGCCCACAAAAAGAUCAACACUAAGCGUUCGCAAAACAGUGACCCAACAACUAAGGGAACGGGAACGAGAACGUGAAAAGGAGCGGGAACAGCAGAAGAACGAGUCCAACACUCGCAAAAAUAAGAUCAGUAAAUCCCAAUCGCAACCCGAUGACUAUGUGACCACUGAGGAGGUACUCAAGCAAUCCAAGUAUGUAAAAACGUACAUCAAAAACCCGGAUGCCUAUUUUGUUUAUGAUCCCACGGUGCUGGCACGUCUCAAGUUAGAAGAACUUAAGGAGGCAACUAAUGGUAAGUUGCCCAAGAGAAAACAGGCGGCAAAAGAAUCGAGGACUGGUAAACAGCCACGUCAUCAAACCCAGAAUCAGAACCAGAAAAAUCCUGAAUUGCGAAAGCCACAGCAGCCCACAUUUAAGAAGUGCUCCAAACCCAAUUACCCGGAGUUGGCCAAUUUGAAAAUCCGCACCGGCACCAAUUCCGAUCCAGAAAGCAGUGCCUUAUUCAAUCCCGCUGAAGUAACGAAAAAUGCACGUAAAUUUGACGAAAGGGUAAAGAAGUUACAGAUCACAUCGGAUGAUGAUCUCGACGAUAUCGAUGGGCCGUUGACGAAGAGUGAGUCGAGUGACGAAUUGGCGGGCAGUUCCUCUGUUCCACAGAGUCCUGUUAAAACGGAUAUGAGCGGUGUUGAGGAUUUGCCAUCGCCCUCACCGGGCGUAUUCACCAAUACCAUUAACUCCGAUGAGUUCCAAGCUUAUUUGGAUCGCAAAGGUUUGGCUUUAAUGCCCAGACGGGAAUUAUUCUCGCCAACUCCAUCAACCGGCAGGACUCCAACACCGGUACAAACUGCCGAGGAGCGACGUCAACAGGUUGCCGAGUCACUGGCUGCCCUUCGAAAGAGCAAUACCAAGAAGCUAUCGGUAUUGCAACGUCUCUCAAACAGCCUUUUCCCAGCUCGGCGAAAAACCACUCCCAAAUCGGAAACGCCUAUGCCACGAAGUCUUUUUAGCGAUUCCGAAAAGGAGGAUUAUCGCCGUAAGUCGGAUGUCCCCUCCGAAAUACGUCGCAUCCUAUUAGAGCGCCAAAGUCCAAACUUUCGUCGACCAAAUGGUCAUGUUCAGUCUCCGACCGUUGAUUCCACAAUCGAUAAAACCAAUAUACCCACAUUGCAGAACAGAAACGGUGACGUAAGCUUACAAAAGAGAAAUGGCGACACCAAUUUGCCAAUAAGAAACGGUGAUACACCAUUGCUGAAGAGAAACAAUGACAACACUUUGCGAAGAUCGACUUUAGAGAGACCAGGCGUCAAUCCUAGACGUCAAUGGCCAGAAGCACAACAGGUGGGUCGAAUAAAUCGCUCCACCUCAGUGGAUCGUAGCCAAUUCAGCCAUGAACAGCCAAUCCUCGCAAGUCCUGUGGCUUCAUCGACUCCAAUCCGGGGGCAAAACCAAUGGGACCAAUUGCGGGCCAUCAAGGAAGUGACUGAUCGCCAGCUUUACCACAAGCUUCAUCAACAGCAGCAACUGCAGGGACAACAAAUGCCACAUACGAUUAAACGAGGACCGAGUGAGGAUAUUUACACCCAGGUUGUGGUCCAGCCGGAGCAAACAAAUUUCGUUCGCGGAACGCUGCAGAGAAAUACUUUCUCUGGAAUCAGUGGUCGCAGCCGGCCAUUAAUGGUCUUCAAUGGUACACCGCAGAGGCAAAUCCAACAACAACAACAACAACAACAACCACAACAACCGCCUCGAUGUCACAGCGUUAUGGAUAACCUAGUGCCGAGUACUGGAAAUCCAGGUCAACAGACGCCAGUGAUAAUGCGACAUAGAGGAGAUCAGGGACAAUCACAGAUGGCAACCCGUCGAAUCGGUGGUCUUCUCACGCGCGAAGAGAUACUCGAAAAGGUUAAGGAGUUUUGCCGCAAAAGCAUUACCAAAAUUCCCGAAACCAAGACGCCAAUGCAACCUGUCUAUAAAAGACAUCUCACGCCACCAAACGCUGAUGUUUCACCCGUAUCUUACGCUUCCGUGGACGAUCAAUGUGCCAGGCCACAGGCACCACACCGUACCCAGGGUAUACCGGUCGCCCAGGGGCGCUAUAUUCCCGGUGGCAUGGUCGUGGAUGGGCCCUCUCCUAUCUACGCUCAUGUCAGCAAACGAAACAGUCUGCUUUCCAAUGUCUCCGAACAGUAUUUGUCCAGCCAGCAACUUGGGACACUGGCCAGGCCUGUGCCCGUUAACCAAUUGGUACUGGUGGAUACGGGUGAGGGUGUUCAGGUGGCCCAACUUGUGGACUAUCUCCCGUACGUUCGUCCAGCGCCUUCCCAGGGCUAUAUGAUGCAGGAUGGCAGGGCAACUCCGCUCAUACUAGACCAAUCGGCUCAACAGACCAGCCAGAUCUACUGGACACCGCAGCAUCGCCAGCGUAUCUCUCAUCCUGUACCAGCACCUCGUCUUAUAAAGGCGGCACCCGUAAUGCCGACAUCUAGAAACAGUACAUUAAGCCGACAUUUGGAGGCUAGAAUGGGAAAUGCAUCUGACUGGGAACUAAGCUCAGAGGCCGGUGAGGUGCGACGGAUAAUGGAAAAACAAUUAUAA